AUGAAGUUGUUAGAAUUUACUGCCGUGAUAUCUUCACUGGUUGUCCUUGCUCAAGCUGGCAAUGGCAAUAGCAACGGUCAUGGGAAAGCGAAAACCUGCACAAUACCCUCAAAAUACAAAUCCUCAAAUGGAACAGCCGAUGACUCACCAGCAGUAGCUGCCGCAUUUGUCAAGUGCUCCUCAAACUCAAUUAUUGAGUUCAAGAAAGGUGUCGAUUACAACAUCUUCAGCCCAAUCUCCGCAAAGAACUUGUCAAAUGUGAUUAUUCGUCAAGAGGGCAAUCUUCAUCUUCCCCAAAACAUCACCUAUAUCCAAAAUCUUGUCACAACCUCCAAUGCACUUACAUAUACCACCGCUUUAUACUGGUUUGCAUUUGCCGGUCCCAAGAUUCAGUAUGAAGGAUCAAAAGACAUUACGACAGGGUGGAUAAACUCGUAUGGCCAAGCAUGGUGGGACGCGAAUCCCGUCAAUGGAACUGGUCUUGCCAAUCGACCACAUCUUUUUCAACUGAACACUACAAACGGCGGUAUGAACUAUUUCAAAUCGCGCAAGCCAAUAGCAUGGAAUGUUCAACUUCUGGGAAGUAAUAUCCGAGUCAAAAAUAGCAUCAUUGAUUCCUUCUCUACGGGCACCGGUUUUCCAUUCAAUACCGAUGGAUUUGGUGUCACGGCUACAAACGUUCACAUUUCUGAUUCUAUCAUAUACAAUGGAGAUGAUGCAUGUGCUGUUCAAUCUGGUUCUCACAACGUUCUUUUUGAGAAAGCAACGAUCGGGUAUCAAUCUCAUGGCCUGUCCAUUGGCUCUCUUGGGCAAAAUCAAGCUUCAUUCGCCAACGUAUCAAACAUCCAUUUCCGUGAUAUAACAGUUGUGGAUGCAGUCUACGCUGCCCGAUUCAAGAGUUGGAUUGGAGGUCAAGGAAUCGCAAAAAAUAUCACAUGGGAAGAUAUCCGCGUGUACAAUGUUUCAUUCCCGAUUUUUGUCACCCAAACCUACUACAAUCAAGGGUCUAACGCGACUCAGCUCGAACCUGGACAGAUCAGUGGACGCCCGAACAACGCGAGUGUCAAUAUGGAGGAUUUCACGUGGAAAAACUUUCGAGGAACAAUUAAUACCUUUGAGCCUGGGGAUGGUACUUGUGUUUCAGACCCAUGCUGGUACGAUGCCGGAUUGCCAAAUUUGCAGCAGACAGAAACCAUUAUCAUCGAGUGCAAUACCGAGAGUUCUUGCAAGAACUUCAGUUUGGAGAAUAUUGAGAUCUAUCCACAGGAUUAUAGAAACCCAACAGUGAUCUGCAUCAAUGCUACGAGUACGCUGAAUCCAGAUCUGGGAUUCAAUUGUGCCAAUGGAACGUUUGUUCCUUUGAGUUGA